AUGGCGAUUCACGAAAUCCAGGGCUUUGAAGUCCCGUUCCUGCCUUCAGGCCGUCAAUUCGCGAACACUUGGACCGAUUUCGAACCUGACAAGCGUGUCGUCUUACCACGGGGCUGGAAACGAGAAGGUCGCCGUCCACUGCCCGAGGCCAUCGUAUGGCUUAAAGACGUCGCUGUUGAGUUGAGAGACGGAGUCAAGAUUCGUGCAGAUAUAUUUCGCCCUGCAUCAAGAGAGAAUGAGCGGCUACCCGCAAUCAUACCCUGGAGUCCGUAUGGUAAGACGGGUACGGGUAUUUUUUUCAGCCAUGAUUAUCCCUACCUUGUUGCUCCUGCAUCGAAUACAAGCGGACUCGAGAAUUUUGAGGGACCUGCUCCGUCAGAAUGGUGCCCUCGUGGCUACGCGGUAGUUCAAGCCGAUGUUCGGGGAACAUUCAAUUCAGAGGGCGAUCAGUACUUCUUUGGCACUGGGGAAGGAUAA